CACUUCACCCACCACCUCCUCUUCCUCAUUUCAUCCCUCCCCCACUGCACUUUCUCCCAAAACAUCCUUGUCUAUAAACUUUGAUGGAGAAUUACACACUGAGCUGGAAAAAUGCCUGUUAUGAAAGGAUUAUUAGCACCCCAGAACACCUUCCUAGAUACAAUAGCCACUAGAUUCGAUGGGACACACAGUAACUUCAUCCUCGCAAAUGCUCAGGUUGCCAAGGGAUUCCCAAUAGUUUACUGUUCAGAUGGAUUCUGCGAACUUGCUGGAUUUGCACGAACGGAAGUCAUGCAGAAAAGUUGCAGCUGUAAAUUUCUAUAUGGUGCUGAAACAAAUGAACAGACAACACUUGAAAUUGAAAUGUCACUAGAGGAAAAGAGCGAAUUCAAGGGGGAAAUCAUGUUCUACAAAAAGAAUGGUACUUCUUUCUGGUGCCUAUUGGAUAUUGUUCCAAUAAAAAAUGAAAAAGGAGACGUGGUCCUUUUUUUGGCUUCAUUUAAAGACAUCACUGACAUAAAAGCGAAGAUUGAAAAAGAAGAUAAAAAAGAAGAAAGGCUCAAAGGUAGAGGAAAGGCAGGGUCACAUUUUGAUGCAGCAAAGAGGCGAAGUCGGGCUGUCCUUUAUCACAUCUCUGGUCACAUACAAAGAAGAGAGAAGAACAAAUUAAAUCUCAAUAAUAAUGUUUUUGUAGAUAAACCAGCAUUACCAGAGUACAAAGUUCAAGAUGCAAAAAAAUCAAAGUUUAUCAUUUUACAUUUUAGCACUUUUAAAGCUGCCUGGGACUGGCUUAUAUUAUUAGCAACGUUUUAUGUUGCUGUUACUGUACCUUACAAUGUUUCAUUUGAGGACAAUGAUGAUCCCUCAUCAACAAGAAGCACAACUGUCAGCGAUAUUUCUGUGGAAAUUCUUUUUAUUACUGAUAUUAUUUUAAAUUUCCGAACAACCUAUGUCAGCGAGUCUGGCCAAGUUAUAUUCAAAUCAAGAUCUAUUUGUAUCCAUUAUGUAACAACUUGGUUCGUCAUUGAUUUAAUUGCUGCUCUUCCCUUUGAUCUCCUUUACGCUUUUAAUGUCACAGUGGACAACCUGGUUUCCCUUGUUCAUCUUCUAAAAACCAUUCGAUUGUUACGCCUUUUGCGGCUUCUUCAGAAGCUGGACCGGUAUUCUCAGCAUAGCACUAUAGUGCUUACCUUACUUAUGUCUAUGUUUGCUCUCUUGGCACAUUGGAUGGCAUGCAUCUGGUAUGUCAUUGGAAAGAUGGAAAUGAAAAACAAGCCCCUUUCUUGGGAUAUUGGUUGGCUCCAUGAGCUUGGAAAAAGGCUGGAAUCUCCUUUCCACAGCAAUGAUUCACAAGGAGGUCCCACUAUCAGAAGUACCUACAUUGCUUCCCUAUAUUUUACUCUCAGCAGUCUAACCAGUGUUGGGUUUGGAAAUGUUUCAGCUAACACUGAUGUAGAAAAGAUCUUCUCCAUCUGUAUAAUGUUGAUUGGAGCCUUGAUGCAUGCUUUAGUGUUUGGCAAUGUAACUGCCAUAAUACAGCGCAUGUACUCCAGAUGGUCUCUUUAUCAUACAAGAACUAAAGAUCUAAAAGAUUUUAUACGGGUACAUCACCUACCGCAACAAUUAAAGCAAAGAAUGCUUGAAUAUUUUCAAACCAACUGGUCAGUCAAUAAUGGAAUAGAUUCUCAUGAGCUUUUGAAAGAUUUUCCAGAUGAGCUGCGCUCAGAUAUCACCAUGUACUUGAACAAGGAGAUCCUACAACUAUCCCUUUUUGAAAGCGCUAGUCGCGGAUGCCUCAGGUCUUUGUCUCUACAUAUCAAAACCUCCUUUUGUGCUCCUGGGGAGUACCUUCUACGGCAGGGAGAUGCUUUGCAGGCAAUUUAUUUGGUGUGCUCAGGUUCUAUGGAAGUGUUAAAGGAUGGAAUGGUGCUGGCAAUUCUAGGAAAAGGUGACCUUAUUGGAGCAAACUUAUCAAUUAAAGAUCAAGUCAUCAAAACAAAUGCAGAUGUAAAGGCUCUGACCUACUGUGACCUCCAGUGUAUUAUUCUUAAAGGCCUUUAUGAAGUGCUGGACUUUUAUCCUGAAUAUGCACAUACAUUUGUGGAACACAUACAGCAAGAUCUUACGUACAAUCUGAGGGAAGGCCAUGAAAGUGAUAGAAUGUCAAGACUCUCCUGCAAGUCGACACUAUCACAGACAGAUCUUCGGGGCAAUGGCAGUAUAAAUAAUAGACUAUCAUCAAUUGUGGAAGAUGAAGACGAAGACACUGAAGAGGAUGAGCCUUCAUCCCCCUCUUCAAUUCAUACUCGGAAUACAGCCUCAAAGUAUAAGAAAUCUGCCACCAGUAAUAGUUCUCUUGGGAUUAAUUUGAAAUCCUUUCCAGGAACAGUUCCAUUUAAGUCCCCAUUAAGAACAUGCAAUCCAAGUUCAACAAUGGCAAGGCAGGAAAAUGAACCUAACCUUAACAGCAGAAAGCGAGAAAAUAACUUAAUGCUUAACCUGCCAACUGUCACAAGCCUUGGUCCUCCGGAUUUAAGUCCCAGAGUUGUGGAUGGGAUCGAAGAUCAUAACAGUAAUGAUGAAGGUCAAGCUUUUGAUUUUGAAGCUUAUCGGCUGAGACAAGAAGCUCGAUUAGGGCAACCUAUAAGAGAGGUUUCUGACUUUAACCCAGCAAUACUUUUUAUUACUGCAGAGGAAACAAAACAACAGAUAGGUCGAUUAAACCACGAGGUCAGUUCAUUAACACAAAAGGUUUCACAGCUCGGUAAGGAUAUGAAGAGUGUUAUGAAUAUAUUAGAGAAUUUAUUGGCAGUACAAAGACCAGUUGGAUAUUAUUCAACAUAUGGCACUGUUUUGGAUGCAAUCAGAACUACUAUAGGGUCCCCAAUGGAACAAAUACAAAAUAGAAUGACAUGGACAACCAAUCAAUCCUGCAUGCAAAGACCAGCAGAGACAUUGGUUGGCACACCAACACAGCUUUGUCAAGGUGCAGUUGUAUCUGACCUUUGGAAUAUGGAUCCUGCAUCAGUAGGAAGCAGCCCACAAAGAAAUGGAUCGAAUAUUCAAAACUCUUUAGAGGGUGAAUAUUAUUACACUUCCAACCUUGGAUAUUCUCCAUCACAUUAUCAAGUUAUUCAAGCAGACCACUUCCCAUUUUUAAAGUCUACAUCACCACAUUCAGACACUACAUUAACUCCCCUUCAGUCUAUUUCUGCAACUCUUUCUCCAUCUCUUGGUUCAUCAUCCGAGACUUCUUUACAUCUUGUUUUGCCUAGUAGAUCUGAAGAAGGCUUCAGUCAAGGUGCAAUUAGUUCACUUAGCCUUGAAAAUUUGCCCGGUUCGUGGGACUUAGAGAGCACAACAGGCAUUUCAAGACUUUCUGGUGAAGAAUAUUCCCAUGAGAUUGUGACAAGUACAAUAGAUUUUAAAGAUGACAAAGCCAUAAAUGUAAAAUGAUAAUUUCUCAGAUUGUCUGGCAGAAGUAGGGUGUUGUUGUCUUUAAUUGCAUGAAAGGGCAAUAGCCUUUAAAAGCUGGCUAAGGGGAUAAAGAUGUAUUGAAACGGGAAAAUGUACGAAUUAUUACAGAAAACAUCUUACUGUAAAUCUAGAAGCAUGGUGAGUGUAUAACUUAUGUAAGCUAUUGGUCCAUGUGCCAGACUUUUGUUGUAGACUGAAGACCCUAAGGGUCAAAACUGCCGGGAGUCACAUUUAAAAGAACACACGAUCAUAAGUCAUAGGGAGUUAUUGUAUUUAAAAGCAACAGUUUUUUUCCCGAGUGCCUGAUUGUUAUCUGAAAACAAUAAUGCUGUCAAUGCUUGCUUCAGGUGACUAAGACUCCUGCUGGUCUAUUUGUCAGUUCAGAGAAGACAUAAGGACAAUUAUCGCUGCAUGUCAUCUCCUAGACAAUCAACCAAAUAGAGUUGGUAGAUGGUGGUUAGUUGUUGCACGUUAUUUGUCAUUUUAAUGAAACCUCCUAAUUUAUUUAUCAAACAAAUGCUAUUUUUAUAUACUUGGUAUGAAAUAUGUAUUUAACUAUUUAAAAUAUUUAUAACUCAAUGUCUUUUUUGGUAAGAGCUUGCGGUUUUCCAGAGAAAUGCACAAUUCUUAUGCAUAUUGAAUUAAACAAUUUAUUAAGCAAACGUGUAUGUAAUUCAAAUUAUAUUCCCCCACUGCAUGCAGGUUGAAUGAAUGUAUGCAAUAGAUAAAAUAAAACAGAAAUCAAAUACCAAAAACAUGGAAUGUCAUAUUAUAGUAAUAAAAGAUUAUAUUGAUGUUUUAAUAAAGUUGUUUUUCACCGGCCAGUCUUUCAGAAAGGAAAAACUUUGAUUAUUGGUAAAUCUAUUUUCCUCUUUUUUUAACACAAAAAAAGCAAUACUGUAUCUUUUCUUUAUGUUAUGCCAUGUAAAGUAUUAUAGAGAAUGUAAGACUGUUACAAAUGUAUAUCUUUGUUAGAAGAUGUUAAACAUUGUCCGUAGACUACCUUCAUUGCCAAUCUGGGACCAAAGAAAUCAAGCAUCCUUCUUGAACUUCAUUUUUUAGAUUAGGUUAUGGUGUUCAGCAUAUCCCAGUUGAGAAAUAAAUUCUGGCUAAAAAUCAGUGAGAUUCUUACAGGUUGUUUGUCGCAGGUCUGCACAAGGUGCUUCAUUUUACAAUUUUGUUUUUUCAAAAAAUGCUUAAAUCGUAUUGGUUAUUUACACCAAAGAUGAUAAAUGAGAAAUUACUGAAGCACAAAUCAUUUAUGUUUUUUUGUAUUAACUCUACAUUUGCAGAAUUAGAUUAAAGCUUAACUGCAACACAGAACAUGAAUCAAGCAGAACUACUGAAAUGAAAAUAGUUACACAGAACGCCAUUUUGCAAAAUAAGUCUUUCUAGUGGCAACAAUGUUGAAAUGUAUUUAAAUAUAUUUGAGAUGGAGAAAUUUUAAUUUGUGGGAUUUUAAAGUCCCUUAAGAAUUGCUAGAGAUGAGGCAAACGAUGAAAAAAUGUCAGUACAGGUAUGGGAUCUGUUAUCCAGAAUGCAUGGGAACUUGGGUU